UUUUAGUUCAUCACACUUCUUUGUGAGACAGUAGUUUAAACUGAAAUAUGCUUCCAGCCGUUUUUGUGCUAAUUGGCUUUAUUGGAAUACAAGGGUUACCAGAUGGACUCCAUCCUACACCACCAAUGGGUUGGACAUCUUGGAAUACAUUUUUUGAGUUCAAUUCAGAAUCAAAAAUGAUCUCACAGGCCGAGGCUAUCUUAGACCUGGGGUUAGACAAGGUUGGAUACAACAUUCUCACAAUCGACGACUUUUGGCAACUCCCUAGUCGAGAUAAUGAAACUGGGAGAAUGAUUCCAGAUCCAGAAAAGUUUCCUAAUGGUAUUUUGGCUCUGUCAAACUAUUUCCAUGAGCGUGGAUUAAAAAUAGGAAUCUACAGUAGUGCAGGCAGAUUCACCUGCUCUGGAAACCUUCCUGGAUCUUUAAGCUAUGAAAAAACCGAUGUAGAAAUGUUACUGGAAUACGAGAUAGACUACUUUAAGUAUGACAACUGUUUUCCACAGAUAGAUGGCAGAACUAACAUUAAUGGAUCUGGAGUAUAUAUUGAUUGGGUUAAAAGCUUUGAACACCUCCCUAGUAUCUGGCAGGAUCCAAGUGAAGAAGAAAGGUAUUCUGUAAUGGCGGAUGAAAUAAAAAAUGUUAAGAAUAUACGAAAUAUUACGCUUGAGCUGUGUGCCUGGGGAUUUGGAAAUGUUGAACAAUUUGGAAAUAAAUUUGGACAUCUUUGGAGAACCUCAGCAGAUAUUGCAGACAACUGGAACUCCAUGCUGUAUAAUAUUGAUGUGAAUGAUGAGAACCGGUUUAGAGGUUCUGGUGUACAGGGACCGAACAGUGGUUGGAACUAUCCAGACGGUCUCUUCAUUGGUAAAGGUGGUAUGACUGAUGUUGAAUACCAAACUAUGUUUGCUCUCUGGUGCUUGGUAAAAUCACCCCUUAUGCUUGGUACAGAUAUGACCAAAAUCACCAGGGAGAGUGAAGCGUAUAGGAUUAUCACAAAUCCAUUCUUAAUUGCUGUAAACCAGGAUCCAUUAGGAAUACAAGGACAAUGCUUAAAGGAUUGUUGCUCUCAUGGUUCUAUGGGAGGUUUGCUAGGGGCAGAGGGCUGCAUUCAUUUUCAUCAUUCCUGGCAGGUGUGGGGAGGUCCUCUCUCUGGAAACAGUUUUGUUGUUGUUGUGAUAAACCGGUUUGACGUUGAGAAACAAAUAUUGAUGAACUGGAGCGAGGAUGCUAUGGUUCCUGCAGGAGUAUAUUCUGUUCAGGAUCUGUGGACCGGAGAUAUAGUGGAUUCUGCUGUAGUAGGAGGAGAGGAUUGGGAGGGAGGGGAUUAUCAAGGGAUUUUACCUCCACAUGCAAACUGGGCGUUCAAGCUUACUCCUGUAUAGUCAACAACAAUCAUGUUAUUGUUUUUAAAAAUUAAAUGAGUUUGAAAUAAACCGUGAGAAAUUUUGAUCACAA